AUGGUAUCUUAUCUCAAGUCUCUCUCUAUCAUCCCUUCAUAUCACCGCCUUCUUGCUGCAGUUCAAAAGCUUCUGAUUCCAAGGCUGCGGAAACAGCAACUCCCUAUCUGGGUGUCCUGGACAUGGUCUCAGGCUUAUCUGCCUAAAGACAUCCAUGAGAAUAUGGAAACUGCCUCCGCUGCACUGGAGAAUUUGCUUAACUACAAGUUCAAUUCUCGUGGAUGGGGCAUGAUUGUGGUCCUGGGACUUGGACUUCUACUUCGUGAGUGUAGACAUGCUCAGGAGUAUGAAGAGGAUGAAGCCACAGAUGAUGUACCUGACUACUUGGGGAUAGAGGCUGAAGUCGAAGCCAUAUGGAAAGAUGAGAAUUUGGGGUUGUCCGUUGUGAGGCAAGAUAUUGAGAAGAGGCGUGGGGAGGAAAGAAAGAAGUUGGAGGAGAACCAGAAGGCAGAAGAGGCUAGGGUUAUUGAGGAGAAGAGGGUGGAAGAUGAGAAGAGGGCAAUGGAGGAGAAGAGGGUCGAGGAUGAAAAGAGGGCAAUGGAGAAGAAGAGGGUCGAAGAAGAGGCAAGAUUGGCUGAGGAAGCAAGCAAGGCAGAGAAGAGGGUGAGGAAAUCUAAUGCCAAAGGGAAGGGUAAGAGGCCUGCUGCAGAUGUGGAAGAGCCAUCCAAGAAAAAAGUGAAGUCUUCCCCUCCUGAUCCCCCUCGUCGUUCUGGGAGAGACAAAGUCGCAUCAAAGAAAUACAAUGCCUGA